AAUUUAUUGCAGCUCUUCAAAACGUGUGCUAAGAGGCUAAUAAUGAAACCUCAAAAAUUCCCGAUAGAAUGAUAAUACUUUGGUCCCUAAUCAUACAUCUUCAAUUGGCGUGCCUGCAUGUGCUCCUGCAAACACAGCGAAUUGAGGCUCUCGAUGCCCUUGAAAUAAUCAAUUACCAGACCACCAAAUACACAAUCCCCGAAGUUUGGGAAGAUCAAUCAACUGCUGAAGAUGAAGAUGCCCUGGAAACUGAAGAGGAAGAGAGUUAUCUGAAGUUCGGCGACGAUGGGGAGGUAAGAACCGCGGUUUCCGAAGGACUUCCCGAGGGUGCCUUCUGCCGCCGGAGCUUCGAUGGCCGAAGUGGCUACUGCAUCCUGGCCUAUCAGUGCCUCCACGUCAUCCGGGAAUAUCGGGUGCAUGGGACCCGCAUCGACAUUUGCACCCAUCGGAACAAUGUCCCGGUCAUCUGUUGUCCUUUGGCGGAUAAACAUGUCCUGGCCCAGCGUAUCAGUGCCACUAAAUGCCAGGAAUACAAUGCUGCCACUAGGAGACUCCAAUUGGCCGAUACCGGACGCACUUUCUCCGGGAAGCAGUGCGUGCCCAGCGUUCCUUUGAUAGUGGGUGGAACCCCCACCCGACAUGGACUUUUUCCACACAUGGCGGCUUUGGGAUGGACGCAGGGCAGUGGCAGUGGCUCCAAGGAUGUGGAUAUUAAGUGGGGCUGUGGCGGUGCCCUGGUUAGCGAGCUGUAUGUCCUGACCGCCGCCCAUUGUGCCACCUCGGGUAGCAAGCCACCGGACAUGGUUCGAUUGGGUGCCCGCCAGUUGAACGAGACCAGCUCUGCCCAGCAGGACAUUAAGAUCCUGAUCAUUGUGCUACAUCCCAAGUACAGAUCAUCGGCCUAUUACCAUGACAUUGCAUUGCUCAAGUUGACACGGAGGGUCAGGCUGUCGGAGCAAGUGCGUCCCGCCUGCCUGUGGCAACUGCCGGAGCUCCAGAUACCCACCGUUGUGGCAGCCGGCUGGGGACGCACAGAGUUCCUGGGCGCCAAGUCGAAUGUCCUGCGUCAGGUGGACCUGGACGUGAUUCCGCAGAUGAGCUGCAAGCAAAUCUACCGCAAGGAGCGCCGUCUGCCCAGGGGCAUCAUUGAGGGUCAGUUUUGUGCGGGAUAUUUACCCGGCGGCAAGGACACCUGUCAGGGUGACUCUGGUGGACCACUCCAUGCCGUCCUGCCGGAAUACAACUGCGUGGCCUUCGUGGUGGGGAUCACCUCCUUUGGCAAAUUCUGCGCCGCUCCCAAUGCCCCUGGGGUUUACACCAGGCUGUACAGCUACUUGGAUUGGAUCGAGAGGAUUGCCUUCAAGCAGCGUUGAUACCAUAAUUUAAGUUAUUAAAUAUACUUUCUGUAACUUUAAAAAUUUUAUUUAUUUUACACAUAUUUUAUAAGAUUGAUUAAGAAAACAUCAUGUAAGAUAUUAUA